GCUUGUAGUCACUAUUAAGACAAUGAAGCUGAUCGUAGCCUUGUGUGCCUUAGUGGCAUUUGCAGAGUGCAUCAGGGUGCCUCUAAUUAAGGGUAAGACUGCACGUGAGAGACUGCAAGAGCAAGGCCUGUGGGAAGAGUACAGGAAGCUAUAUCCCUACCAACCAUUGAUCAAGUUUCAACAGAUUGGUAAUGAGCCCAUGACCAAUGAUGCUGAUCUCUCAUAUUACGGUGUGAUUUCCAUUGGCACUCCUCCUCAGUCCUUCCAAGUGAUUUUUGAUUCUGGCUCCGCCAACCUGUGGGUGCCUUCUGUCUAUUGCUCAAGCCAGGCUUGCCAGAACCACAAUAAAUUCAACCCAACACAGUCCAGCACUUUCCAGACCAGGAACCAAGCUCUGUCAAUUCAGUAUGGCACAGGCAGCAUGACCGGAUACUUGGGCUAUGACACUGUUACGGUUGGUGGAAUCGCAGUGCAAAAUCAGAUCUUCGGACUGAGUGAGUCUGAGGCUCCCUUCAUGGCCAGCAUGACUGCAGAUGGCAUCCUGGGUUUGGCCUACCAAUCCAUUGCUGCUGAGGGGGCCACUCCUGUCUUUGACAGCAUGAUGAGUCAGAAUUUAGUCUCCCAGGAUGUGAUCUCAGUCUACUUAAGCAGCAACAGUCAACAGGGCAGCGAGGUCCUAUUCGGUGAGAUUGAUGCCUCCUACUACACUGGAAACAUUUACUGGAUUCCUCUGUCCUCUGAGAGCUAUUACCAGGUCACCAUGGAGAGUGUUACUAUCAAUGGUCAGGUUGUUGCCUGCUCUGGAGGAUGCCAGGCUAUUAUUGACACUGGCACUUCCUUUAUCGUUGGCCCAACCGCAGACAUCAACAAUAUUAACUCCUGGGUGGGUGCCACUGUAGAUCAAUAUGGAGAGGCUUCUGUGAACUGUAACAACAUCCCAAACAUGCCUUCAAUUACUUUCACUCUUAAUGGCUACACCUUCACUAUUUCUGCUUCAAGCUACGUCCGACAGGAUUGCAAUGUUGGUUUGAGUGGCAGUGGUGAUUCCCUGUGGAUUCUGGGUGACGUUUUCAUCCGAAACUACUACACCAUCUUUAAUAGGCAGACCAACAGUGUUGGUCUGGCUCGGCUUGCUUAAGAGAGAACAUGUCAUGUUUCAACUUCUGUUUGACUUAUUGACAAAUAGACUUGAAAUGUAAAAACAGUUAAGCAUAUAUUGUUGCAUAGAAAUGUUUAAUUGCUUAUAGGCUUUCACUGUAUUUCAUUUAAUUAUAAAUAUAAUCAAAGUAGAUCAUGUGUUUUUUUGCAUGUACACAGGACUGUAAGAAAACUGUUAAUAUUUUAAAAAAUA